UCUGCCUGUUGGGUCUGUGUUCUGUUUGUUCUAUUUUUGCGAAGAAAUACUAUUAUUAUGGUAAAUGUAAUUACGCAUUGAAGUUUUCCACCAUGUCUUCUUCUGAUCUUCCUCCGUAUAUACUUCAAGAGCUACCUGAUAUCACUGAAUCCAUAAAUUAUCCUAUAAAAGACGUCCAACGGAUAAAGUACACAUGUUUCGAUGUUUCUAAAACUCUCAUUGCAUUUGGAGCAACCAGUGGUGGGAUAUAUGUGUUCAACAGAACUCCGUGUGAGUUUGUGCAACUUAUUCCCAAUAAGGACGGAGCUAUUACUAGACUAGCUAUAUCAACGAAUGAAAAACACAUCGCCUAUGCCAACGGACGAGGAAUAGUGACAGUGACGGAAUGUGAGCAGGCAUUGAGUGGGGGACAUUCUAGUGUGGCGUCCAAAGAACAUCAGGGGAAUGAAGUGACUAGCAUUGUGUGGAGCGGCAAUAAUGUCUUCUCUGGAGAUGAUGUUGGCAGGAUAUCUGUUUUACAAGUGCAGAGUUUUAUUGCUAAAACCAUGUUCCAGACUUCGACACAGACAAUUAUGAAUUUGGAUUCGCGAAUUUGUCAAUUAGACGUGAAAGACUGCAUGCUAUUAGUGUCGACAUUAACCCGAUGUUACAUUUGCGAUACUGCACAAGAACAGUAUAGACAGAUAGGACAAAAACUCAGAGAUGGCGAAUUUGGGGCAUGCUUCGUUAACCAAGAAAAAAAUUUAGAAAGCGGCGCCACGGUAACUGUUAAAGAUUUCACUGAAGCCAAAACUUACAAUAUUGUACAUGAUGAAGAAAAGUUUGCCAUAGGAAAAGGACUAGAAAAUAUACUUAUUUACUGCGCACGACCAUCUUCAAGACUUUGGGAAGCGACUAUCGAUGGUACAGUCAGAAGAACACAUCAGUUCAAACAAGUUCUCUCUAAAAAACCAAUGAAAGUUAUAACAGUCGAAUCCUAUAAUAACGAGAGUUUUAACUCAGAAAAUUUAACAAGUGAUAACGAAGGACAAUCAGUGAACUUUCCAAAGAUAUACAGCAUUAAUGGUGCCAUAUAUUCAUUUAAAAAAGAUGGCCUAUAUUUUUUAGAUAUUCACGACGAAACAAAUUCUAUGUGGUUCGAUACAUAUGCUGAUAUCUUAGAUAGCAAGUUGUAUCUCGAUAAUUUAUACCUGUGGUUGUCUAGUGGAUCUUUGGUUAGUUUAAAGUUUAUGAAAAUCGACAAGUUUUUAGUGAAAUGUUACAUAGACGAAAAGUAUACACUAUGCGCUGAACUAUGCCUCUUGUUUUGCAAUUAUUUGCUUCAGAAUAAUUUACCAUCGAAACUUCAUAUCUUGGUCGGAUUGAGAGAGAAAAUAAAUAGCGAGCUUUUGAAGAAAAUUGAAAAUGUCUUGCAUAAAUUCGAAGAUUUAAAAUCUAUAGAAUCCAAAUCGGGCAUUUAUGUGUUAGACAAUACAUUUAAAGCUCAAUCAAGUUUAGAUGAAGCUGAUGAAAAUGUGAAACAAAGUGAAGAUAAAGUGUUUAGCACAAUCCCGCCAGAAGCAUUACAAACUUUAAAAGACUUAAGUGUUUCAGUAACAUGUAAAUUCACUUCUAGUAAAAAGAUGUUAAAAGAGAAAUGGGAAGACUUUGAAGGUAAAAUGAAACAUUUGAAUAUAGAGAAACAGCCAGUACAACCGGUACAAGAGAUUUUACUACCGAAAAGGAUAUCACACAAUGAGUCUCCUGAAGACAGAGUAACUAUAGAAUUUGAUAACACUGAUAUUAUUUACAAAGAAUCUAGUCAGAAAGCCGUAGAGGUGGACAAUAAUAGUAUAGAGGAAGAUAAAGUCUGCAAAUCGUUGUACCAAUAUUUUAGGUUAAGUCUAGUUGGUAAGGAAACGGAGCAAUCUACUUUGAUUUCUAUAAUUGAAAGCUACGCCUGUGAUAUUAGCAAGAUCUACAAACUUAUGUUAUUGUUGGAGCAAUACUGCCUCUCAGUUGGAGCUUUAGAAGAAUCUAAGUUUGUGCCGAACAAUAUUUUUCUUAGUUACCUAAGUUUUUCGAGUCAAAAAGAUAUUUUAUUAGAUGACAUAAUCAAAGAUGAAGUGCUGUACAAAUAUUUUGUUGAUUCUUGCAUAUCGGUGAAUAUGAAAACUCAAAAGCUGUCUAAUCUGGGCUGUGAAUGUGGCUACCCGCUUCCCUUUAAUAGGACGAAUCGUACACCAGCGUUUUCAGAAUUGAUAGAUGAAUUUAUAGAGAAACAGUGGGGGCAACAGACGAGGAACCAGUGCUAUGAAAUUUGCAAGAAAAUGCCGUAUUUAUGGAGGAAAAUACUCUACUUGCGACGAAACGAAGACUUACUGACAGUUUUGAGGUUAUUGCUACAAAUGCUGGAUGAGAAUUUACUGCAUUCGUUCCUACCACAGUUUACUUUGGACACGUGGGACAGAGCUGUGCAAUUAUACUCAACUCUACACGCAAAUAUGUGUUUGAAUUGCAAUAGAAAGUUCGAUAACAUAUCUGUCAAAGAGACUCUGAGUUGGGAUGACAUAGGGGGUCUUAUAAUCAAGUCUAUUGGUGGAAAACACGCAAUAAAGAUUAUGGAAAAACACGCGAAUCUGAUCGAUCCUGGGGAGAUUACUAUGAAGUUCUACCAUACGUGUCUCCUAGUAACUAUGUAUGAAAAGUACGAUGGGACGAUCACGAAUCAACUCACAGAUGCACUUUACAGCUCCUACGAAUUCGACGACGCUAGAGAACAGAUAUAUAAUCUCCUUCGAAGUACUUACAACGGCCGAGUGAAAAACACGGCUCUUCCAUUAAUAGUCGCAGCAAAAACAAUCUACUGGGGUUUAUCCCCGUUGAUGGAAAAUCUGCUUACCCAAACUGACAACGAAACAACACAAAAAUAUAGCCAAAUAAAAAAUACGUCUAUAAAUGAUAUUAUAAACAAUAUAACUAAUAUUAACAAUGGUGUUACAGACUGUAUGCUCUGUGGGUUGCCAUUACAUAAUGAUUUUUUAAUCAAAGAUGGCGGCUUGUGGGUUUUUAAAUGUGGCCACACUUUUCAUGGGGCGUGUUUAGAUUUGAAUAAAGUGAAGCUAUGUCCGGCUUGUUCGCCCAAAAGUUAAUUUGACUGGUAACACUAUAGACUAUAGCAAUAUAGCUUGAUUAAAAUGUAUUACUUACACUAUAUAUUGACAUAUUUGAAAUAAGUAAGUGUUCUAUUUGUUAUCAAUAGAUAAAUUGCAAUUAAAAAACUGAAAAGUUUUUUGGUUACAAGGAUGAUCACCUUAAUUAACAAUUUUAAAGUAAUUAUAGCACGAACAAUGCAAUUUAUUGGAAUGUAAAUAGCUAUCACAGUACGCUGUAACGCAACGAUUUUUGUAGAUAUAUAAAUUAUAAAGGGAAAUACUAUGUCAUUGUUGUGUUUUCGGAAAUCAGGGCCCUUUUUUGCAGCUUUCCUAUUUUCUACCUAUAUAUUUAGUUAUAUACUUUAACGUUUUACUAUUAUCUUGGUGUAUCGAAAAGGCCACAUUGAAGCAAUUCAUCUAAAAUGCUACAUUGCUAUUUGGCAUUUGUGCAUAUGAAGUUAGUAUAUGCACAAUGUUAACAAGGUGACAAAUAGCAAUAUUGCUUUUUUUAGAUGAAUUGCUCCAAUGUGGCCUUCUUAGACUUCCUGUACUACUGUAUAAAUAGAUCAUGUCAUAACUUAUAGACACGUUAUUUUGUUACAUAGCACAAAUUUUAUGUAAACAAUUGUUUUAAAAGUCUGACAGGGAAUGAUGUUUCUUUUAACGUUAGGAAGAAAGUACAAAAGCAUCUGAGGGUAUAAAACGGCCUCAUUGGAGCAAUUCAUCUAAAAAGCUAUAUUUCAAUUAGAUAUUUCCGCAGAUAAAAGAAAGUGUGCAAUGUUGACAUAUAUCAGACAGCAAUUUGAGAUGGAUUGCUUCAAUGUGGCCUCUAACCCCGGAUUAGUUCAAUAAUUAAUUCUGUUGCCAUAGUGUUUAUACUUCGUUAUUGUUGCCGAAACUGUAGUAGGAAUGUUGUCUAAAUGUUAUUGUUGAUUACGGCAACAUUGCACCAUAUUUUUGCAGAUUGUUUCUUUUGGCAGGUUAUAAAAUGUUAUGUUUAGUGUUAUUUACACCCUCUAUAAUGCAUAACAACGUUCUUGGUCAAAGAUCUCGAUAUAUCGUCUCCUUAUAGUGAAAACCUCGUUUGCAAAAUCACAUUUUGAUGACAUGUGAUUUUCGUCAACAAAAUUACGAAACGCACACGUUAUUUUGAUUUCCUGUAAAAAAUGAGACUAAUAAUUUGUUACCUGGAUUUUAAAUCCACAAUCACAACCAGCGGGCUUAGCACCGUAAGCACGCGACUCUUUCUCGCCGCGCCAGAGAUCAUCUGUCUCUUUCUGUGCAGUACUGUGAGAGAGUGACGGGUGACGUGUGUAGAGGCGAGAAAGAGUCGUACGCUUACGGUGCUGAGCCCGCUGAUGUGAUAUGAUAUGCAAUAGACACACUUAGUUGAUGUGGUUUUGCAAAAACACGCUUACUAGAUUUUCACAAUAAGUCGCCCUUAUGUCGAUGACAAACCCGUGUCGCGGGUGCAGGGAUAUGUACUGUUUCGACAACUGACAUUCUAAUGAAAGAAUUUUUCUUGUUUAAAUCCUAAACUCGCGUUUCAAUACCUGUAUCGUAACCUUGUCUUUGCAAGUUUCCGUAAUUUCUAUAAGUUGAAUAUUCUUGACUAACAAAAUGACUGAUCAAAAUUUUAGGCUACCAGUAUAUUUCGGCAGACGUGUUUGAAAUUUUGAAUAUAAUAUAACAGUGUAUAUAAAACAUAGGACGUGUUUAGCUACCUACUUAUCUUCCAAGAAUGUCGUGAAAACCGACAGAGGAAAUGUGUCCUUUUUGGGCUGGGCUGAUCCUCUGUCGCUAAACGGUUCGUGAGAUCCAUCAAGUGUUCUGUUUACUUGUGGUUCUGCCCACGCCAUUAGGGGUGAGUUGAUGUAUAUACUAUGUAUGUAUUUAUCCAAAAGCCUGGUUAGCUUUUCAAGGGUAUUACAUAAGGUUUUUGGAAAAGUCGGAAAACGGGGUAUAAUGCAAAAAAUAAUUAUGGUGUGCAAAAAAGAAAACUGUACAGUCAUGAACAAUCGUGUAUCCAAUUUGACACGUUUCCCAAACAAAAAUAUAGGUGGCGCUGUAGAAGACACACGUAAAUUGGUAAUUAUCAAGUUAAUUCUAAAGAGCGUCAUCUAUAUAUUUUUUAGGGAACAUGGCCUGUAAGUAGAUACCCUCAAUUGUCAAAGAAGUUUCAAAGAAGGGACUAUUUAUUGUAUUGCUUUAAUCCAUGGUAUAACGAAACCAGGUAUGCUCAAAAGUGACAGCUAAUGUUUUACAGUUAACUCUGCUGACGUCAUCCCGCCUUGCGCUGCCAUUUCGUAAAAAAUAAAUUACCCACGACCAAUGUUUUUAAUAUACUUUGCAAAAACAAUUUUGAAUUUUUAGUAAAAUAUUUACUUACAGUUUUAAUCUUCUAUCGUGUGGGUUGUGAGGUGAAUUACCAACCUUAUCAACCCUGGUGUCAGGGUUACUAUUGAGCCGCCAAAGGCCCCUGACAUGACUCAUAUAACGACUACGUACUUACAUCAGUAAGUAGUAGCCGGGACCAACGGCUUAACGUGCCUUCCAAAGCAAGGAUCGUCUUACUUUCGGACAAUCAGGUGAUCAGCCUGUAAUGUCCUAACCAAACUAGUUUGGUUUGGUUGGUCCCUAGGGACCACAAAGUCAUUUUUGUGUUAUGUCCCCGCCGGGAAUCGAACCCAGGACCUCCGGAUCGUGAUCCCAACGCUCAACCACUGCACCACGGAGGCCGUUAAUAAGUUAAUUACAGUUUUCUUGAUUUUUAUAUAUGUGAUAAGUAAUAGUAAUUAAAUACAUUAGUCUGUGAUUCACUUAAUUUUCAAUAAUAAAAUUUUCGUCCUUGAAAUGUUGGAGAUACCAAUUUAAUGGUAACACGGUGGCAACACUUACGUCAUCAAACAGCUAGCAAUGGCGGCUUUUCGUAGGAUUGAGCGUACCUGGUUUUGUUAUAUCAUUCUUUAAUUUAUCCUUGCCUAACGAGUAGGACAGGUAUAUUAAAUAAAGCACAUUUGCACUUAGUGGUGCUGAUUCCUGUACACACCUCCUAAUUUUAUUUUAAGUUAUACCUGUCAUUUUCUUAUCCGCCGAAAAGGAAAGAGACGGGCAAUCGACAGGCAUAAAAUUUAUGGAACACACGUCACUUUUAGGCAGACAUUUAAAAACCCCACCCAAAAUUUCAUAUUGUGCAAUAAAUAACCUGAAAUAAUUAAGUUGACAGCACAGGUUGAAUAUCAGCGGGGUGCCUAUUUUAUUCGCCCGAGUUAUUCGUUCUUUUUAAAAUUAACAGUUGUCAAUCACCCGUCCUUUUCUUUUUCGGCGGAAAAGAAAGUAUAACACAACACAACAGUUAACACCACCGUGUUAGUAUAACAGUUUAGUGUACGGUCACGAGCAUUAAUGUAUACACUUUGGUACCAUGUCACAUUAACUUUUUUGACAAAUUGAACUGUAAGUCUCACUAAAUGUCAAAUAUGUUAAUGCGACAAAGUCCUAAAGUGGGUACAUUAUAUUGCUCAUGACAGUACUGGUAUAACUUAAAAUAAAAUUAAGGGAUGUCUGAAGGAAUCGGGGCCAAUUUUUCUACGUGACUUUGUAUCCGUAUCACGGUAAGACCCGAGAGUAAUAAAUGUCUUUAUCGUCGCCUUAUAGUGAAAACCGUAAGCAACAUUUUGCAAAAUCACAUUCGGUUGUGUUUUUUUUGAACAAAACUUCGCAAUAAACAAGCAAAAAUAAAUUAUAAAAUGCUAAUCUAGAAAUUGAAGCCAGUCUAAAAUCAAAAUUCAAUCUCAUUUUACUUUUCGACUUAUUUUCGAAUUUUAUUUAUGAAUUAAGUAACAAUGAGUACGACGUUUCAACGCUUUUAUUAAUGACGUCACAGGACAGUAUUUCCAUACAAACUCCAAAGAAAACUUUCGUUUUGAUGUUACGUAAAAAGUAACUCAUUUGACUUGGUUGAAAUCUCUCAAAUCUCAUUCAACUAGGUUGUCAAGUAUCCUAUUCCGAUCUACGUAAAAAACUGGGGGGUUAAAGGGAAAAUGCGCCACAUCGUAGCAAUUCAUCUAAGAAAACAAUAUUGCUAUUUGACAUUUGUUUGCAUUGCGCACUUACUUUAGUAUGCGCAAAUGUCAAUUGCAAUAUUGCUUUAUUAGAUGAGUUGCUUUGAUGUGGCCAUUUUAACCCCCCUGCCGGGUCUGCAUGACAACCGCGAAUUAUAUUGAGCGCUUAGACCAAUAAACGAUACGAAUGCUAUCUACGUAGAUGGAUGUCAAACGGCUAUUCGCCGAAGGCCUUGAUAUAAUUCGUUCCGCGGGCGGCGGAUUUUUUACCCGGAUUGAAAUUAAAUGAAAGAAAUUGGAAGUUUGUUGAAGAAAAUAACAUCAUAGUGUGAUUUUUUAAAAAGUUGUGUGGUUUUCACUGUAAGGUGACAUUUAUGUACGUAAGUAUAUUCUGUAAAUUAAUAAAUAAAUGUGUCUUUCAUGUGUA